AUGCCGCCAUGUCUCCUCGCUAUCCGCUCGCUUCUUCCUUCCGCUAGUCGCACUCGUCGGUCAAUUCUCCCCUCAUUUCCUCCAUUUCCGCCAACAUUCCAUUCCUCCCAUUCAACAUGGCGAUCCCCAGCACAGAAUCGCCAUGGCAUCGCACGCGACGGCGACGGCGAGCCACACCAGCAGGAUGAAGAGGAGAUUUCCUCCAUUCCCCCGGACCCUUCAGGAGAUUCACCCAUCUACACGGCGCAACGACCUCUGGGCCACGAAACGGAGGUGCAUCGCGAACCAUAUGUCUCGGCAUCGGGGUCGAGGAUCAUCAGCUUGAUGGCGCCCGCAUCGCCCGGUAACACCACCUACGCCACGCAGUGGGACACGGCCUUUGCCAAGUUGCGGCUGUUGGGGUACUCGGAGCGGCAGGAUGAGGAGAAUCGGACGAAAUGGAGGGAUCGCAUCAUGUUCGAUCGUGAAACAGUCUGCUUGGCCAAGAAGGUGCAGGCUCAUUUCAUGGAGAUGGAGCGCUUGUCGCAGAAGGUGCACUCUGAGAUUGAGGAUGGCCCUUUUCCUACAGAAAUGGACGGCGCCGUGCCCAGUCCUCCCUCGCCCGCACAUCUGCUGGGUGCGGGAGACGAUCGGACGUGGUACGCGGUGAUGCUCUGGCUCCUCGCCUAUGAUCCCCAGCACGCCCUGGAUUUCGUCCAUGCCACCCACCACGCUCCCUAUCCGCCCCUCUUCGCCGUCCAGGACUCCCUCCUACACCUCGCCUACAUCUUCCACAACAACCCGGAUGCCCGCGUCAAGCAGCAGAGGCUGAAUCGACUGGGACACGUCGUCACCCUCCUCGCCCACCGUACCGAUGGCCAAUACCUCCGUCUCCCCCAUGGCACGCUGGCCUGGCUCAUGCCCGCCAUGCGCCCGGAACAGCUGCUCCGAUUAUGGGAGGCCGUCCGGGAGCACCGCGUGGACAUCCAUUGGAAUACCCUCCUCCACUUUGCUACCCGUCUCGCCCAUGCCGAUUACCUCGAUCAAGCAUUGCAUGCCCUAUCCGAAGCCCAGGCACAAGGCGCGCCCUCCACCGCAACCUUCUUCCUCUCCACCUGCUCCACUCUCCUUCGCUCCGCCAUGCGCCAACCAUCCGGCAUGAGAGUCGGUCUCCGCAUGGUAGACAGUCUGGUCGAAAUGGGCGUAGCCCUCGACCUCCCCCUAUGCAACAUCCUCAUGCUGAACGCUGUCGAGGCCCACGAUCUCACCACUGCCUGGUCCAUCUACCGUUCUCUGCCCGGCUAUGGAUUGGAAGCGAAUGACCGCACAUUUGCCGUUCUGCUCAAAGCCUGCAAAAUCAACCUCGACGAUACAGACAUGCUGAAUGAGACCAUCCGCAAUGCAAUCGCUCAUUCAGAUGUCAAAAGCCAUCCCAUCCUCGCUGCCGACAUCCUCAACACCCUCGCCCUCCACCAUACGAGACACCAUCCAGAAAUGGCUUUUCAAACCCUCGCAGACGCCUACUCUCAACUCUUCGACACCACUCCCUUGAGUGACCUCGGCAUUCUUCCCCCGCCGUCUCAAUCGGCAAGGUCGGAGGAUAGAAUGCAACCCACUCGUGGCGCCAUCGGAGUCAUGUUGAUUACCCACCUCCACCACCUCUUCCUCCAAACCCAGUCUCACACCCAACCUCAUGCUCUCUACCGUCGCUAUCGUGCCCUCGUCGCUUCUCGCGUGGCACCCUGGGCCGACACCAUCGACGAGGAUUACAUUCCCAACGCCUUCCUUGUAGCCCUCACCAAGACCAAAGCCGGCCUUCUCCCCGCUGCAGCAAUCAUCAAGGACAUGCAACGUCAUGCUCCUGAUCACGUCGGUCCGAGGCAGUGUGAGCCCACAGUCCAAACCUGGACAAUCCUCAUGCACGGAUUUCAAAAGCACGGCCAGAUGAAAAUGGCCGAGCAAGUCCUCCAAUACAUGAGGAGCAAAGGCGUGGAACCCGAUCAAGUGACAUGGAAUGUAUUGGUGGAGGGGUAUGCAAUCUCCCGGGAUUCCGAGGGUGUGGACAGCAUAUUGCAGAGGUUGAGGGAAGAGGGCGUGGGAUGGGAUCAAUUCACGACGAGCUCCGUGAGGAAGUUCAAGUCACAUUCUCAUGGGAAGGCGGAAAGCAUGCUGAAUCCUUCCUGGAGAGCAGGAGAUCAGCAGAGGGAAUUGGAUUUCACGCAGGAUUUGAGGGAGGGCAUUGGGAGGAGGUUUGUUGAGGGGGAAAAGUCAUCACGGGUCGGCGAAGCCGGGAGCAGGGAAAGUGGCAAUACGGAAGUCAAGGAGGGAACAUAUGCUCUGAUUGUAUAG